AGUCAAACAUGGAUGUAGAUUUCUGCUUUGGAACAGCCACACAUCUAAUUCCUGAAAGUAGUUUUAUAUGUAAAACUUUUAAAGGAUCAGAACAAUGCCUCCAAGACCAUCAUCAGGUGAACUGUGGGGCAUCCACUUGAUGCCCCCAAGAAUCCUAGUAGAAUGUUUACUACCAAAUGGAAUGAUAGUGACUUUAGAAUGCCUCCGUGAGGCUACAUUAAUAACUAUAAAGCAUGAACUUUUUAAAGAAGCAAGAAAAUACCCUCUCCAUCAACUUCUUCAAGAUGAAUCUUCUUACAUUUUCGUAAGUGUUACCCAAGAAGCAGAAAGGGAAGAAUUUUUUGAUGAAACAAGACGACUUUGUGACCUUCGGCUCUUUCAACCCUUUUUAAAAGUAAUUGAGCCAGUAGGCAACCGUGAAGAAAAGAUCCUCAAUCGAGAAAUUGGCUUUGCUAUUGGCAUGCCAGUAUGUGAAUUCGAUAUGGUUAAAGAUCCAGAAGUUCAGGACUUCCGAAGGAAUAUUCUGAAUGUUUGUAAAGAAGCUGUGGAUCUUAGGGAUCUUAACUCACCUCAUAGUAGAGCAAUGUAUGUCUAUCCUCCAAAUGUAGAAUCUUCACCUGAACUGCCAAAGCACAUAUAUAAUAAAUUAGAUAAAGGGCAAAUAAUAGUGGUGAUUUGGGUAAUAGUUUCUCCAAAUAAUGACAAGCAGAAGUAUACUCUGAAAAUCAAUCAUGACUGUGUGCCAGAACAAGUAAUUGCUGAAGCAAUCAGGAAAAAAACUCGAAGUAUGUUGUUAUCAUCUGAACAACUAAAACUUUGUGUUUUAGAAUAUCAGGGCAAAUAUAUUUUAAAAGUAUGUGGAUGUGAUGAAUACUUCCUAGAAAAAUAUCCUCUGAGUCAGUAUAAGUACAUAAGAAGCUGUAUAAUGCUUGGGAGGAUGCCCAAUUUGAUGCUGAUGGCUAAAGAAAGCCUUUACUCUCAACUGCCAAUGGACUGUUUUACAAUGCCGUCUUAUUCCAGACGUAUCUCCACAGCUACACCGUAUAUGAAUGGAGAAACAUCUACAAAAUCCCUUUGGGUUAUAAAUAGCGCACUCAGAAUAAAAAUUCUUUGUGCAACCUAUGUGAAUGUAAAUAUUCGAGACAUUGACAAGAUCUACGUUAGAACAGGUAUCUACCAUGGAGGAGAACCCUUAUGUGAUAAUGUGAACACUCAAAGAGUACCUUGUUCCAAUCCCAGGUGGAAUGAGUGGCUGAAUUAUGAUAUAUACAUUCCUGAUCUUCCUCGUGCUGCUCGACUUUGCCUUUCCAUUUGUUCUGUUAAAGGCCGAAAGGGUGCUAAAGAGGAACAUUGCCCAUUGGCCUGGGGAAAUAUAAAUUUGUUUGAUUACACAGAUACUCUAGUAUCUGGAAAAAUGGCUCUGAAUCUUUGGCCAGUACCUCAUGGAUUAGAAGAUUUACUGAACCCUAUUGGUGUUACUGGAUCAAAUCCAAAUAAAGAAACUCCAUGCUUAGAGUUGGAGUUUGACUGGUUAAAAUUCAGCAGUGUAAAGUUUCCAGAUAUGUCAGUGAUUGAAGAGCAUGCCAAUUGGUCUGUGUCCCGAGAAGCAGGAUUUAGUUAUGCCCACGCAGGACUGAGUAACAGACUAGCCAGAGACAACGAAUUAAGGGAAAAUGAUAAAGAACAGCUCCGAGCAAUUUGUACCCGAGAUCCUCUAUCUGAAAUCACUGAGCAAGAGAAAGAUUUUCUGUGGAGCCACAGACACUAUUGUGUAACUAUCCCUGAAAUUCUACCUAAAUUGCUUCUCUCCGUUAAAUGGAAUUCUAGAGAUGAAGUAGCUCAGAUGUACUGCUUGGUAAAAGAUUGGCCUCCAAUCAAACCUGAACAGGCUAUGGAGCUUCUAGACUGCAACUACCCAGAUCCUAUGGUUCGAGGCUUUGCUGUUCGAUGCUUGGAAAAAUAUUUAACAGAUGACAAACUUUCUCAGUACCUAAUUCAGCUAGUACAGGUCCUAAAAUAUGAACAGUAUUUGGAUAACUUGCUUGUGAGAUUUUUACUCAAGAAAGCAUUGACUAAUCAAAGGAUUGGGCACUUUUUCUUUUGGCAUUUAAAAUCUGAGAUGCACAAUAAAACAGUUAGUCAGAGAUUUGGCCUACUUUUGGAGUCCUAUUGUCGUGCAUGUGGAAUGUAUUUGAAGCACCUGAAUAGGCAAGUUGAGGCUAUGGAAAAGCUCAUUAACUUAACUGACAUUCUCAAACAAGAGAAGAAGGAUGAAACACAAAAGGUACAGAUGAAGUUUUUAGUUGAGCAAAUGCGGCGACCAGAUUUCAUGGAUGCUCUGCAGGGCUUUCUAUCUCCUCUAAACCCUGCUCAUCAACUAGGAAAUCUCAGGCUUGAAGAGUGUCGAAUUAUGUCCUCUGCAAAAAGGCCACUGUGGUUGAAUUGGGAGAACCCAGACAUCAUGUCAGAGUUACUCUUUCAGAACAAUGAGAUCAUCUUCAAAAAUGGGGAUGAUUUACGGCAAGAUAUGCUAACACUUCAAAUUAUCCGCAUUAUGGAAAAUAUCUGGCAAAAUCAAGGUCUUGAUCUUCGAAUGUUACCAUAUGGAUGUCUGUCAAUUGGUGACUGUGUGGGACUUAUUGAGGUGGUGAGAAAUUCUCACACUAUUAUGCAAAUUCAGUGCAAAGGCGGCCUGAAAGGUGCACUGCAGUUCAACAGCCACACACUACAUCAGUGGCUCAAAGACAAGAACAAAGGAGAAAUAUACGAUGCAGCCAUUGAUCUGUUUACACGUUCAUGCGCUGGAUAUUGUGUUGCUACCUUCAUUUUGGGAAUUGGAGAUCGUCACAAUAGUAACAUCAUGGUUAAAGAUGAUGGACAACUGUUUCAUAUAGAUUUUGGACACUUUUUGGAUCACAAGAAGAAAAAAUUUGGCUAUAAACGAGAGCGCGUGCCAUUUGUUUUGACUCAAGAUUUCUUGAUAGUGAUUAGUAAAGGAGCCCAAGAAUGCACAAAGACAAGAGAAUUUGAAAGGUUUCAGGAAAUGUGUUACAAAGCUUAUCUAGCUAUUCGGCAGCAUGCCAAUCUCUUCAUAAAUCUUUUCUCAAUGAUGCUUGGCUCUGGAAUGCCAGAACUACAAUCUUUUGAUGAUAUUGCAUACAUUCGAAAGACCCUAGCUUUAGAUAAAACUGAACAAGAAGCUUUGGAAUAUUUCAUGAAACAAAUGAAUGAUGCACAUCAUGGUGGCUGGACAACAAAAAUGGAUUGGAUCUUCCACACAAUUAAGCAGCAUGCUUUGAACUGAAAUGAUAACUAAAAACUGAAAGCUCAAUAUUGGAUUCUGUACUGCACUGUUAAUAACUGUCAACAGGCAAAGACUGAUUGCAUAGGAAUUGCACAAUCCAUGAACAGCAUUAGAAUUUAUGGCAAGAACAGAAAUAAAAUACUAUAUAAUUUAAAUAAUGCAAAUGCAAACAGGGUUUGAUAGCACUAAACUAGUUCAUUUCAAAAUUAAGCUUUAGAAUAAUGCGCAAUUUCAUGUUAUGCCUUAAGUCCAAAAAAGGUAAACUUUGAAGAUUGUUUGUAUCUUUUUUUUAAAAACAAAACAAAACCAAAAAAACCCCAAAAUAUAUGGAAAUGAUGGAGAAAGAAAAGAAUGAUGCUCUUCUUGUGUCUUGCAAAUGUUCUAUGUUUUGAAAUGUGGACAUACAAAGUCUAUUAUUGCAUUAGGUCCAAGUAAACGAGUUUAAUGUUAAAUUACAUUAAGAUUGGAAAUAAUGAAAAUCUCUUAUUUUUUCAUUGCUGUUCAACUUACAGUUUGAAGUGGGUUUUUUGACUCCUUGUUUAAUGAAGAAAAAUUCUUGGGGUGGCAGGGACUCUUGAGAUUUCAACAGAGACUUUUCUUUUUUAAUAAAUCAAACCUUUUGACGAUUUGGGGUCUUACCUGCAAAGUUUUGGAAGCAGUCACAAAUGAGACCUGUUCUAAGGUGGUGUUUUUGGGUUUUUUUCUGGACAGUAUUUACAAGAAUCUGAUUCUGAUUUCCCAGGGAAAUUCUGGGCACCCGUAAAGUAAAAUAAUCAUCAUAGAGAAAGAAUAAGCAGGAACAGUUCUUGCUCCAGAAUUGUACAGUAUUCACCAUAGGUUGAUUUUUUUUUCUCCUUUUGCAAUUGAAUACAUUUUUCAUGCAUGUUUUCCAGAAAAUAGAAGUGAGUAUUAAUGUUAUUAAAAAGAUUAUUUUUUUUAUUAAAGGCUAUUUAUAUUAUAGAAACUAUCAUUAAUAUAUAUUCUUUAUUUCAUGAUCUGUCCCAUAGUCAUGCAUUGUUUUGCACCCCAAAUUUUUUAUUGUUCAUAUCAGCAUGGUCAGCUUUUCUCUGGGUCUGUGGGUAAGGCUCAGGCACUAUCCCAUUUAUAUCAAUACUAGUGAAUAACUACUUAAAGAAAACAGAUCAAAGUCAUCCUCUUUCCUUUUAUUUCUUUGUUUUUACAUGGAUCCCCAUCUUCCAUCUUUUUUCAUAGUUCAGGAUGCCUCAAUCAUAUGAAAUUAGUUACCAAAAUUAAUACAAUUUAGAGUAUCUUCUUGAUUGCUUAAACUCUCUACUGAGGUAUGCUCAUGAAUAAUACUUAAUAAUAUGAGGAAAUAGAAACCAUGAACUUUUUACCUUUUUAAGCUAUUUAUCCAAUAUCUCAAUAAUAAAUGUAAGACCUUAAACCAUUUUAAGAUCAUGUUCCAUUUCCAAGUGAUCAGGGCUCGUUCUCCAACUUUAUUAAAUUGCAUUUGAGCACAUGAUACAUUCUUCAACAUCUUAAAAAACAUUAACCCAAGAUGUAGGCGCUAAUACUAGUCAUCACUCCAGAAUCUGAUAUUUUACUCAGUAUUUGAAAUGAGUGAUUAAUGCCCUAGGAAAUAGCUUUAGCAAAUGUCCAGGUGCCACACCAGAAAAAGUGCAAUAAUUUGCUGACAGUUUUCUAGAUUAGGCAUAUUAUUGGAAUACAACUUUAUAAAGAGUGCACAGUAUAUUCUCUAGUGAAACAGCAUCACUUAAAAAAUAUUCACUUAUAAAAUCAAUUACCUAUAGUAAAAGUCUUGAAUAGUGAACAAGGACUCUAAUACAAUUACUCUUAAUAUUUGGCUAUUUUAGAACCCUUAAAGGGCAUAAUUAUUGGAGAUUUAGGUACUUCACUAAAGCAUGUAUAUAAUAUUACCAACAAGAAAAAUAAAUUUGAAGAUUAAAGGAACUUAUUUCUCUAAACUGUCUUGGAAUAGUUAAGAAGAAUUUAAACUGUUUUAAGCAGGAAACUAAUAGAUUUCUUUUGCAGAUAUAGAUUUCAUAACUUAUUAAAAGUUCAUGUAACAUUUUGUUCUUUUAGAGCUAUUCAGUUAUAACACAUACUAACAUCCCAGUCUUUUCCAUAUCAGGGAUUGAUUACAGGAAAACUCAGUGAAAUGGUACAAAUCUGAAACUUUGAUGGUGGAAACUGAAGUUUUAACAGAGAAUCGUGUUUUACCCAAGUGCCAAAAAAAUUUUGAGCUUCCUUGCACAAAAUUUAUAUAAUUUUUGCAUCUUCCACAUCAGUCCAGAUAGUCCCUUUUUCCUGGGACCUCUCCACCAUUAAAACACAAGCCACAUACUUUAUUUCAUCAUUGACAUUUAUUUUCAAGAAUUAUUACAACCAAAUUAAUUCUGUUUGAAGAAGUGUAGACACAUUUUAUAAUGAAUAUAGAUAAAGUGGUCUAGGUAAAGGCAAACUAAAUUUUUGAAAAAUCUAAGCUGAGUUUAAGCAAAAGCAUUACAAAUAAGAAUAAAAGGGCAGGUAGUUCUCAGAAGGCACAGAACCAAAAAUUAAAUUAAAUGCUACAUGGACGACUAGGAUAUGUUUCAAAUCAGUGAUAAUAUUGUUGCUUCCAGGUACUUUAGUAUCAGAGAUCAAUUCUAUUGGUCAGUUCCUAUGGCCAACCAUCUUUGUCAUUGAAUGUGAUAUAAACUAUCAGCUCUACAAUUUCAUCCGGUUACUUAAGCAAUAUUUCCUUCAAUGACUACUUUGGAGGAAAAAAAGCAGGUUUAAAGAAAGUAAAACCUAAUUUCAAACACAUUGUAGCAAGAAAAGAUCAACUGUUUGAAAAACAUGCUUUAACUUUUUGUCAUAGUCUCAGCUAUACAAAAUUGUUUAUUUUGAAGAUUUUUAGACUGCUGUUAAUUUGAAAUAUGUUAAUCAUAUUGUGAAAUUUGGUUUUUUAAAAAAGAUGUUUCUAAUUGGAUUUUUUAAAUAAGAAUGGAAUUUGGUCUCUAUUUUAUGAUGAACCUAAGCUUUUUGUGGUUCUUAGUGUCCUGUGUAAAACUUAGUGUCAAAGUAAUUAACUUUGAGGUUUUCCUUUCUACUUUGCUUUAUAUUACAAGCCCUUUAGGAAAUGGGAAUCUGGUGAAUACAAUGAAUUGUAAAAUAUUUUAAUGUGUAACUUUUUCAACUGUGAAACUAUGACUAUUGGUUUUUUGAUGAAAACAGCUGCUGAUAAAGUAUUUUGUGUAAAGUGUAGUUCUUAUUAAUCAGGAAAAUAAUCAAUGACUUGAUUAGAAUGUAUAUACUCUCUUGGAUUCACUUUAAAUGGAUUGGUAAUUUUCUCAUAGGUAAAACACAGUCCAUCUGUAUUCUUUUUUCCAUCAAAAAUUGUGUGAUUUGGCAUAUUAAGAAAUUAUAAGCCACCAGCUAUUUUAAGGGCACCAUGGAAAUUUCACAGCAUAUAAACCUGAAUUUAUUUCUUAAUGAUUUUGUAAAUUCAUUUAAUCCAUAUUCUGACCAAUAGCCCAUGCUUGCCAACUCUUUGAAGAAAUUUAAUUUUCAGCAUUAUUUUAAAGCCAGCAGGUUAACUUUUCUGAAUAAGUUCUUUUUGUUUGUACGUCUGCAGAAACAGCAGACCUGGGCUGGACCCACUCACUCAGAAUCCACCUUAAAAAUUGAUUUUGAUGUCCAAGACAUCACUAAAAUAUUUCAGUUUAAAGACCAUAUGUGGUAUUAAUGGAUUGUGGUGCUUCUACUAUUUAAAAACAACUUUCAUACUUCAGAUGUUUUUGAGAAGGGGGUAAUGUGGAGAGAAGGGGAGAACAGGGAGGAGUUGUUUGAAUGAGUUACAUUCUUCAUAUCCAUCUUGCUCAGAUGGGGCACUAGAAAAGUCUGAAAGUUGUGAGAGUAUUUUGUGCAUACCAUGAGGGAAUUAACUCUCCAUCAAGGAUGGGAUUGUGAAAGCUGAACUAUAAAAUUCAGCAUUGACAGGAUACUCAUAAUAAUUCUUGGUGACAGAAUAAUACAGCUGGGCUGUUUUUUAAAAUAGAAACAUGAACCAUUUUUAUUUUUUAAUUGUUACAUUAAAAUUGUAAAUAUAUCUUA